GUCAUAGGAAAGAAAGUUACUCAAAUAUUGCUCUUCCACCAUGCAAAAAAGUAUUUUUAUUAUGUCAGCACGCAAAGGGGGCUUAUUAGCGUGCUGCAAUAUUGCACGAAGUAUGCUCGAGAAAAAGGAUGUUAACUCUCAAGAGCUUGAGGAGUAUGUACAGAAUUUCAAGAUGAAGGAAAUGGCUCACCAUCCUCGUUCUUCUCAGGAGUACAGGGGUAGCACAAAGGGUUCAGAGGUCGGUGCACGCAAUGAGGCAGCUUACAUCAACUAUACGGAAAUCAAACCCAAAACGCUUACAGGAAUUUUUGCUAUGCCUGGACUUAUUAAUUUACUAACCGUUGUUCCACUUUACUGCUUCUUAUUGUGUCUUGCUUCUGCAGGAUGGGGUAUUUUUUACUGGGAUCUUUACUGUCGAAAACAUUAUGAGUGUGUUCUAAUAGCUAGGCCUAAUGCGUUAAGAACUGAAAAAUUAUAAAAAUACACAUAAGAAAGACAUUUAGCUUCAAUCGGAUUAAUGUAAAACAUUAGUAUAUAUAUAUAUUUAUUCAUUUUUAGGUCAAAUCCAAAACAGUCGAUAUUUUAACGCGGUAGAAACUUCAUUAGUUUAUAGGAGUUAGUUACUUUUGUUUGUUUGGGGAGCCAUUGUCGCUCCAUGUAGCUCCAUCUAUUGACAACGGUCAAAGUCUAGCACUUUGCCACAUCUCUUUACAUAUUUUGCUAUUAGUGAUAUGCCUAAAAGAAAGAAA